UAUAUAUAUAUAUAUAUAUAUAGCUUGUUUCAAGAAAUGGCUUUUUCUGAUUGCAAGCGUCUUUUGUUGUUUUUGAUAAUUAUACAAUCACUACUAACUAACACUAGCUAACUAGCUAGCUAUACUAAAAAAAAGUUUUAAAACUUAGUUAGUUAGUGAGCACUUAACUUUCUUUGGAAAAGAAAAGUAAAAAUAACGAUGCUUUCUUGCAAAUUUUGCUGUCAAGUUUUUUCUACCACGAGUGCUCUGGAAUAUCACCAUCGAAAGUCUCAUCAAAAUGUCGUCAAUGUUGCAUUGUCAUCAUGUAUAAAUGGUAAGUCUGAUAAUGUUGUAAAGAUGAUUCGAAAUGAAGAUGGAUACUUUGUUUGUAAUUGCAAAAAACGAUAUAGGUUUCCCCAAAAAGUUAUGCAGCAUGUGAGACGGUGUCUUUGGUUUGGUGAACAGCUAGAAGAAAAACCAAAGGAAUCGACGAAAACCACCCAAAGUACCAACUGUUCUUAUAUGGAUCAUAUGAAUCAUAUGGAGGUGGUGAACGAUGAUGAAGAUGAUGAAGAAGAAGCUGAGGGUGACGAAUUAAGAUCUGCUGUUGUUGUUGUUAACGAUGAGGAUGAGGAUGAUGAUGAUGAUGAUGAUGAUGAUGAAGAUGACGAUGAACACUAUGGAACAAGGUCAAAGAAAACCAAAGUGGAUUCCCAAGCUUAUAAUGUCAACACGAAUGCGAUUAUGAACUCGACGCCAACGAAAACCUCCAAGAAAAUGAACAAUGAGAAUACUUUACCUCUUCAGAAUCUUUCUAAACUAAUCUUCAAUUUUAAUUCUACUGGUACUGCUACUCAUACUCAUACUCAUACUUCUAAUCACCUUGAGCCAUCUGCAAGAAAAACUGCAUCUUCUGUUGCGAGGAUUGAUGUUGAAAGUGAUGAUGACAACGGUACUAAUGUCGGCGGUAUUGGUAUUGGAGAAAAAAAUAUUUGGCAAGUUACCCAAGACGAUCGUUCCUGCUCCAAACAAUCACCUUUUUACCAUAUAAACCAAAAGUUAGCUACCUAUGGUUUGCAAAUUUUGUCGAUACGAGCUUUAUCUUGCGUGGAAUGUGGGUGCCUUUUGGAUAUGGAGUAUUUGAAGCGACAUAUGCAAAGAUUUCACAAACUUCACAUUGAACGCGCUGAUGAUCUGUGUAGAGAGCUGAAUGAUUGGAAGCUGUUGAGUCCGUCAAUAGUUUCCAACUGCCGCUCUUCCCAAUGUGAUUUAUAUCCGCACAUAGCAGGAUUACCAGUUCUAUUGAAUGGAUACGAGUGUGUAAUUUGUUAUGACAAUGGAGGAGGCUAUGUACAUGGAAAUCUUGAUACGUUUUAUCAUCAUAUACGACGACAUCAUGGAAAAACAUUGAGUAUGAAAGAUUGUACACGACGCGUAUCGCUGCAAUCGGUAAAGAACAAAAGCGUUCAGAGACAUCAGUUUUUCAAGGUGGAUUUUGCUCCUGUGGUGGGGGAAGAUGGACAGAAUACCAUGGAUUGGAUGAUAGAUUUAUGGUUUGAGAAAUACAUGAACCGUGAUUCUAACGCUAACGCUAAUGACAACGGUGAUGACGGCCUCAAGGAUGGAGGAAAUGAUAAUGAAAAUUACAACGAAGAUUAUUACAAUGAAAAUGACGACGUCGAGGAUACGGUGAAUGCACGCGAAAAAAGUCUAAUUAACCAACAACUUGGAUGGGGAGCGAUUGUCAAGUCACUGGGCAAUGACUGGAAACAAUUGAUCCGUUUUCAAUACGUGGAUGGAACGCUAAACUCGGAAACUAUUCUAGAAGAAUUGAUUCGUUAUUACUACCGGGGAUUUCAAUACUUGGAUUGGAUGAUGACUGGCACGAAAAAGAUGUUUACGGAAGGUGGAAACUAUAGUGCUCAAGAGCGUGGAUUAAGUAAAUUAGAACAAAAGGGUACAGUCAUUAGAUAUUCGCAAAGAGUAGCCCAAUAUUUGGUGUUUUUAUUGCGACGACCUGGAAGUGAGACCAUUCGCGGACAUUUGGAAAGGAUGUGUAGCAUUGUUGCUGAAGUCAAAGCCGGAAAAAGGAAAAAGGAGCAGCAAGUGGAAAACGACGACAAUGCUCAAGUUGAACGCGGAGAAGCAGAAACCCAAGAAACAGAAGCAGAAGCAGAAGCUAGUGCAGCUAUUGCUAUUGCUGAUGUCGCUAAUGGUAAUAGUUAUUAUGUUGAGGAUGACCUUGAUGGAGAUGGCGGCGACGUUUGUAUGGACAAAGAAGCUCUGCGAGAGCAAAUAUUGGAUGAAACUGAGGAAGCUGAACGUGAACGUGAAUGUGCUUUGCAGAUGAAGAGAGAGCAAGAGGAGGAAAAGCGUCAGCAGAAUGAAAAUGAGGAUGAGAAUGAAAGUGCUGCUGCUGGUACUGCUGACGACGACGGCGACAAUGUUUACGAUGAAGAAAAGAAAAGCGAAAAGCAAGAUAGAAAGGGUUUUUACUUUCAAAAGGAUGCUGCAUACUCUGAAUUACAUGAAGCAUUAAAGCUAGCUUUUCUGCAGCAGUAUGAAUUUUCCCAGAAUGUUCGAAACACGGAAAUAGUCAAGUUCUUGGCAUGCUUGUCUUUGCGUGGUGACGGGACCUCCAAGUAUGCGUUUGAGAUCUCGUCGUUCUUUGCCCCACUUAUUUAUACGUGUCGUUUGGUUGCUGUGUGUGAAUUGCAACGGCUGGUCGAUGAAGGACGAAUCACUUUAUCGUCGAUACCAGAGUUUCAUAUGGCGGGUUCUUUUGCAUAUACCCAUGUUUUUCGCUUUAUUUCACUGGGAAAAAGGAAUUUAUACGAUGUUUUAUACGAAACGCAGAAAGUUGUUCGUGAUGUGACCAGAACAGAAGGAUAUGCGAAUGUUUUGCAAGGUUUGAGCCCAACCACGGUGUUGUUUCAACCCUCCAACAAUUCCAAGUACCCUUAUAUUGGAAGCCAUAUAAACAAUAUGGUUGUCUUUGACAUAAACGAUCUGCAUGAACUGUAUGAGACUAUGUUUGCAAAACUCCAGUUGGCUUUUGAAGAGCUGUGUUUUGGUGUGGAUGUGGAAAAGCUUUUGCCAAGUUCUCUGAUACAAUCGAUAGGUGAUGAUAUCAACAACAGCAGGCUUGGGUAUUCAUUUUUUAAAGAGUCAAUGGAUAUUCGAAUGAGCAAAACUGUGUUGUUGCGAACUGUAUUUAAGAAUGAUGAACUUCGACAUCGAUUUUUACCAGCCGUAUCCAGGGAUGAUUUGUACAAUUUUAUUGCAGAAUUGUUGAAGACGAAAACGAAAACGAAGACCAAGACCAAGACGAAGACCAAGAAGGCAAAGAAGACAAAAUUGGAAGUGAACAAAGUUAAUGCUACAGAUGAAACAAGCCAAGAAGAAGAAGAAGACGAAGACGAAGACGAAGACGACGACGAUGACGACGACAACAAUGAAGAAGAUUCGACGAAGCCAAAGCCAAAGCCACACUUGUCAUCAUUGGCAGAUUUUGAUGAGGUUUUCUUGAAGGAUUUACGGUGGUCAAAAGCUGCUGUUGUGAAUUAUGAAAUGAAGGCGACGAAAUUGAAUGAGUUGUUGUUUUGUUUGGUCUAUAUCUCUGCAGGGCAGCCAGCGAGAGCUCAAGAGAUGGUAUACUGGACGUUGAAGAAUUCAAAGCACAAGUCGCGAGAGCUAUAUUUGAUGUUUGGAAGAUUAAUGAUUUAUAGCCGGUAUGAUAAGACACGAAACAUGAAGUUUGCAGAAAAGCCGAUUCCUCGAUUUCUGCCUGAGGCUCUGUCUAAUUUGGCACUUCGAUACUAUGCUCUAGUACGACCUUUUCAGGCUUUCUUGAGUUAUAUGAUGACGGGGGACAGGAAAGCAGCUUCCGUGUAUACGAAUGCGAUGUUUGUUGUGAAUGGUGGGAAACGCUUGGAAAGUAAUAUGCCGUAUCGAAUAUUUCCGAAAGUAACACAUGAUUGCAUUCGAAAAGCUUUAGGUUUCCGAAAUUAUCGACAUAUUGCUCAUUACUUUAAAGAAAAAAACUUGGAGGAGAACGACUUGAGCAGAAAUUCGUAUUUCGAUCUACAGGCUGGACAUACUCGGAGCACGGCGCUUCUUAUCUAUGGACGUACGAUGGAUAAUUUGCAUUACUUGCCCGCAGACUAUUUCGCCAACUUUUUUCGAGCAAGUUUUAAAUGGCAAGAGUUAUUACAAAUCAAAGAGAAUUCCACUCAUGGACUGCUGGUGGAGCCGGGUAACCCUAUUAUCAAAAGGAUUGACCAACUUGAGGAACGAAUGUAUUAUGUAUAUAGUGGAGAAUUUGCCAAAUUGGAAAACAAAUUGGGAUUACAAGCAAAGUGUUUGCCAUCAUCGACGACAACGACGAAAGCAAGACUUCAAGUUGAAGAAGACGAAGAAGACGAAGGAGACGAAGGAGACGAAGGAGAAAAAGGAGAAGAAGAUGAUGAUUAUGAUAAUGAUGUUGCCUCUAGUGGAUAUAAACGUAAACGUGGAUUUGGAGCUGCAGCUGCAGUUCCAGCUCCAGCUGCAGCAGGACGUGUUACAAAGUCUACAAAUCUUGUGGCUACUAGUAUUCCGAAAACGACUGAAAAGCUGUGGACAGAUUACAAUAUUGGUUGCGCUUACCCUUCGCAAUUACUUGUACAACUUUGUUGUUGGGCAUUGUCGCAAUUUUGUGGAGUGGGUGCAAAGUUUCGAUCUAUGAAACAGUUUCAAUCAGUCUUAUUUUCCAUACAAGGUCGGGUAAAUUUGAUUACUGUACUUCCGACUGCAUCGGGUAAGUCAUUUUCGUUUUUAUUACCAGCGUUGGUUGAUAAAAAAGUUCGACCAGGCAUGACCACGCUUGUUCUAGUGCCUGUUAUGUCUUUAAGGGAAGAUUUGAUGCAAAGAGUGAAUCGAGCAGGACAACUUGUAUGUUGUAGUAGCUGGACACAAUACCGAAACCAACAGGUCACUCCGUCUUUAAAACUUCCAGACCUCUUUAUUCUUACGUACGAGUCGGCGUUAUCGAAUUCAGGGCUAGCAUUUUUUGAAAGUCUUGGGGUUGCUGGGCGCUUAGCUCGCGUGGUGGUGGAUGAAGCACAUAGUCUGUUGACGGAUACGACUUGGAGGUGUACUUUGCUAAAGGCGUCGAGAUUGUCGGGUUUGUUUGCACCGAUUCAUCUCUUAAGCGGAACGUUUCCACGAAAAUUGGAGUCAUGUGCCAGGCAAACUUUUUGUGCCACGUUUAAUGUUUUAAGAGAUGUGUCGACAGCGCGAGAGAAUAUUUUCUACUUUUUACGUCCGUUAGUGGCAAAUGAGUUUUUGCAGGACUUGCACACUCUGAUGAAAAGAGCUGAUGUUUACGAAGGUGAUGGUCGUGUCAUUAUUUUUUGCCAAAAGAAGAGUACUGUGGAUUACCUGCAACGAAAGAUUCAACGGUCAGACAUUUUCCGUCGCACAGGCGUUACAAUUUACACAGGAGAUUUAGAGGAAGAGGAACGAAGGAACUCUUUUGAAAAGUUUCGAAACCCGAAUGGUAAGACUAGAAUCAUGGUGGCUACAAAGGCGUUUGGAGUUGGAAUCAACUAUGGUGGAGUUCGUCUGGUAGUUCAUUAUGGAUCGCCGACGUCUUGUAUAGAGUACGCUCAGGAGACUGGACGAGCGGGAAGAGAUGGUAAGUAUGCUAUCGCGGCUCUCUUUUAUGAAUAUCACGAUUCUAUGUGGUCUGAGCAUGUCGAGGAUACGAUGAAGAAUUUUUUAAAAGAUGAUACGUUGUGUGUUCGAUCGUUUCUGGGAAGUGAGAUGGAUAGCGAGUGUGUUUGCUGCCCUGCGUUUGGGAAUUGUGUUUACUGUUCUCGUUGCUCAGAAGGGUUUCUUAGUGAGCCAGCUAUUUCAGGCAUUCAUGGGAAAGGAACAAAUGUGGCUGAUGAUGAUGAUGAUGAUGGUAAAGUUGCGGCCGCUGUCUCGUAUACAGAUGAAAACAGUCGGGUUUCAAAUUGCGCUUGGUUGAAGACGUCGACGCCAAAAUCAACAGGAGAUGGACGCUACUAUAAUUCUUCUCGUUCUUUAGAAGAGAUGGAGGAUGUGGUAACCCCGAAGCUUUCUUCUUCUUCUUCUGCUUCUUCUACGAAUCUCAUUUCGGGACUUUCUAAUGAUUUUUGUUUUAGGGGCUCAAAGACCAAAGGCCGCCACGGUAGAACAGCGGAGGAUUCUUUAAAAAGCGGUACUUCUACUAGUAGUACUCCACUAUUGGGUGGUGAUCUAUCUGGGACAACACUGGUGACACCGAACAGCUCGUCUUCCCCUAUUACUAUUUCGCCGACGUUGAAGAAAAGUUAUCACGUUUCAGGUAGACUAGCCACCGAUGAAGAACUUGAGAAAGGUGGUUUACGUAAAGCCAGUGUUUACGAUACACAUUCACCAUAUUUGUCGUUUAAGAACCGUAUGGCUGCAUAUGAUUAUGAUUCACCCGUUAGCCCCGUUAGAAGCACUGUGAUUAGAAGGAAUGAUGAUGAUGAUGAUGAUGAUGAGUAUCAACAACAACAGCUACAACAGAAACAGAAACAAAAGCAACAACAAUUGCAACAGCAACAGCAGCAACAACAAUUGCAGCAUAGUAGAAUGUUGGAAUACGGGAACCGUGUUGAAGGCAUCAAAGGACAAUGGGCAAAGACACUUGACAAGUCAACGUCAGUUGAACGAUUCUUCAACGAAUGUAAAGACGUAUGUUUGUUUUGUCUUAUUAUGGACCGCAAUUCAAAUUUCGUAGUUCAUGAGAACGGCAAGUGCCCCAUCGACUUGGGUACCUGUUUUAAGUGCCGGAAAUCGAAUCACUACAAAGACAAGUGUACAAUGGACGUUACGUUUCGGGGACUUUGUCUUUGGUGUGGAUUAACAAAGUUUGAACAUGAUGUUGCUGAUAUGGGCUACAGCCCACAAUGUUGUUCUUGGGCGAGGAGACGGUUGAUACCGGUUACUUAUUUGGCUUGGAACAGUUCGCGGUACAAGAAUUUAAUCGCAAAUGAGUUUUUCGAUGGGGAUACUCGUGACAAAACUUUUUAUGAGUUUGUCUGUAAUUCUAGCACGAGAAACUCUGGAUUUGUUCUUGUGAUUAGAUAUAUUUUGAGUGAUCUUAUGCGUCUCUUUUAACUAGCUAACGAAGUAACCAACUAACCAAAAGAAUUGGAGAAUGGAAAAGGAGAAAAGAGAAGAAGAAGAAGAAGAAGAAGAAUAUAAUGAUUCUUCAAGGGUCGUUGCCUCUGUGUCCCGGGGACGGCGAUGGCACAAGAAAGAAAAAACAAGAGUAGGUGUAUCUCUACACCUGUGUGCAUGUGUUGUGUGUGUGUGUUUGCGAGAGCGAUAUAGAUGAUGAAAGGAUAGAUGGACGUUUAAAACGUGUCUGUUGUUUUGCUACGGUUCAGCAAGACGACGUUAAAACUGAAGAGUUGGUGGUUGUUUGUCUGGUGAAACAGAAAGAACAAUGCACAUUCUAAAGACAGACAUUAACUGAUUGUAAAUGGAUAAAACAGCAUCAAAACGUUUGGUACGGUUUAUCAAACGUGCUUUCGAACUUGAACUUGAACUAGAACUUGAACUUUGUGUGAUUUCAAAUGUCUUGAAAUUUUAAACUCUUGAAACUUUUGCAGAUAAUUCAAUUUAUUUUCAAACGGAUCGUCUAUUUAUAUAAAUAUGUAUUAUAUAUCUUGGUUCUUUGAAAAGAUUUUCGUUGAAAGAAAAGAAUAGCAAAGAAAUAAUAAUAAAUGAAA